CUUGCAGGCUGGCUGACCAUCUUGUGGCGCAAAGGCUACUGGGAAACGUAGUCCCUCGCCAGCCAGGGCCGCAGUGUCCCACGUACCCAGCCCCAGCGGUGACAACUCAGGAGGGUGUGUCUGCCCAGCAGGGCCCAGCAUGGACCAGUCUGUGGCGAUCCAGGAGACCCUGGCUGAGGGGGAAUACUGCAUCAUCUACAAGGUGUGCUGUGUGAGGGAGACAGCAGACAGAGCCGCCUCCUGGGACUCGUGCGUCACCGCCCGAAACAAGGUGGCCAGGAACAUGCUGUCCCCAGAUGGCGAACUCUACAUUCUUGGCUCAGAUGUGACUGUCCAGCUGGACACGGCGGAGCUCAGCCUCGUGUUCCUGCUGCCCUUCGGUUCGCACACCAGGAUGUUUCUCCAAGAAGUUGCCAGGGCCUGUCCAGGUUUCGACCCUGCGACUCCAGAUCCUGAGUUCCUGUGGCUGUCUGGAUACAGGUGCACCCGGCCGGAGCUUGAGCCGCCCACGCCAUUCGGUUGGAACUCGCCUCCAGGUACCGCGCCGCGGUUCGCCGGAAUUGGCGGAGGUGCUUCUGACUUUGAUGAUUCACGGUCAGAUAAGAGAGGCCUGCUUGUGCACCCAAGCUCUUGCGCUCAGGAUACACCAGACAGCUCACUCACAAGACAGAAUAAAUCCAAGAGUGAAAUCACCAACCUGGUCCGCUCCUCCACUAUCAUGGUAUCAGACAAGGCUCACAUGUUAUCCAUGCAGAAGUUCGGGCUACGAGAUACAAUAGUGAAAUCACGUCUCGUGCAGAAAGAAGAGGAUUAUACCUAUAUCCAGAACUUCAGGUUUUUUGUGGGAACAUACAACGUGAAUGGCCAGUCCCCCAAAGAAGGCCUCCGGCCCUGGCUAAGCCACAGCAUUCCGGCCCCAGAUGUAUACUGUGUGGGGUUCCAGGAGCUUGAUCUGAGUAAGGAAGCCUUUUUCUUCCAUGAUACCCCGAAGGAGGAAGAGUGGUUUAAAGCUGUGUCAGAAGGUCUUCACCCAGAUGCCAAGUAUGCGAAGGUGAAGCUCGUCCGACUGGUGGGGAUUAUGCUGCUGUUGUAUGUCAAACAGGAACAUGCAGCGCACAUCUCCGAGGUGGAAGCCGAGACCGUGGGGACCGGAAUCAUGGGCAGGAUGGGUAACAAAGGAGGCGUGGCCAUCAGAUUCCAGUUCCACAACACCAGCAUCUGCGUAGUGAAUUCUCACUUGGCAGCCCACACAGAAGAGUAUGAGAGGAGGAACCAGGACUAUAAAGACAUCUGUUCUCGAAUGCAGUUUUGUCAGAUUGACCCAGGCCUUCCCCCUCUCACCAUCAGCAAACACGAUGUGAUCUUGUGGCUGGGGGACCUCAACUACAGGAUAGAAGAGCUGGACGUGGAGACGGUGAAGAACCUCAUCGAAGAGAAGGACUUUCAAACCCUGUAUGCGUAUGAUCAGCUGAAAACUCAGAUGGCUACCAAGGCUGUCUUUGAAGGCUUCAUUGAAGGCGAGCUCACAUUCCAGCCUACCUAUAAGUAUGAUACUGGCUCCGAUGACUGGGAUACCAGUGAGAAGUGUCGUGCUCCUGCCUGGUGUGACCGGGUCCUCUGGAAAGGGAAGAACAUCACUCAGCUGAGUUACCAGAGCCACAUGGGCCUGAAGACCAGUGACCACAAGCCUGUCAGCUCAGUGUUUGACAUUGGGGUGAAGGUGGUCAACGAAGAACGUUACCGGAAGACUCUGGAGGAGAUCGUUCGCUCCCUGGACAAGAUGGAAAAUGCCAACAUUCCUUCCGUGUCCCUUUCUAAGCGAGAGUUCUGUUUUCAGAAUGUGAAGUACAUGCAGUUGCAAGUACAGUCCUUUACAAUUCAUAAUGGACAAGUUCCCUGUCAGUUUGAAUUCAUCAACAAGCCUGAUGAGAAGUCGUACUGUAAGCAGUGGCUGAACGCCAACCCCAGCCGAGGUUUCCUCCUGCCAGAUUCUGCUGUUGAGAUUGAAUUGGAGCUAUUUGUAAAUAAGACCACGGCUACAAAGCUCAACUCAGGUGAAGACAAAAUCGAAGACAUUCUGGUUUUGCACUUGGACAGGGGGAAGGAUUACUUCUUGUCUGUGUCUGGGAACUACCUGCCCAGCUGUUUUGGAUCUCCCAUUCAUACACUGUGCUACAUGAGGGAACCGAUCUUGGAACUGCCACUGGAAACAAUUAGAGAGCUGACUCUGAUGCCCCUGCAGACUGAAGAUGAUGGGGUCCAGUUGGAGAACCCCUUGGGAAUUCCCAAAGAGCUCUGGAUGAUGGUUGAUUACCUGUACCAAAAUGCUAUCCAGCAGGAAGAUCUGUUCCAGCAGCCAGGCCUGAGGUCGGAAUUCGAGCAUAUCAGGGACUGUUUGGAUACUGGAAUGAUUGAAAGCCUCUCCGCCAGCAAUCAUUCCGUAGCUGAAGCCUUGCUGCUUUUCCUGGAGAGCCUGCCAGAGCCUGUCAUCUGCUACAGCACCUACCAUAACUGCCUGGAAUGUUCUGGCAACUACACCGCGAGUAAACAGGUCAUUUCUACCCUCCCCACAUUCCACCAAAAUGUCUUCAACUACUUGAUGGCAUUUCUGCGAGAACUGCUGAAAAAAUCAGCAAAAAAUCACUUGGAUGAGAAUAUUCUAGCUAGUGUAUUUGGCAGCUUACUGCUUCGAAACCCAGCUCGUCACCAAAAGCCUGACAUGGCAGAGAAGAAGAAGGCUCAAGAAUUUAUUCACCUGUUCCUCUGCAACUCACCCUGAGCCUAUCUCCUCUCCUCUUUUACUCGAAGCAGUCAAGUACCAGCCCCACCUGUUUAAGAUCAAGAACUACCACAACAAGAUGUGAGGCGUCUUGGAAGCAAAAGCGGCAACUGCCUAUUUCCUGAGCCCUGACACCACCCCCUACCCCGCCAUGGCUGUCACAGUCCUGUCACUCUGAGUUCUGAAGACAUGGGGGAAAUCCGCCACAAUAAAACCGACUGUCAAUGUUCAACUUCAGUUAUUUAACACAGAUCUAUUUUUUUAAACUUUAAAGAUUUUAAAUAACUCUGUUUCUUGUGCUCACUCACUGAAGCCUGCCUUCAGGACAUAGUCAGUGCCUUCCCUGUAGCUUGAGCUGGGCUCCCCUUGAACAGAUAUUUGAACAAACUUUGGGGUCCUAAAGAGAGAAUGAAUUGGACAGCAAGAAUGCGAGUGGAAUCUGCUGGAUAAACAGAUCACAGUCACCCAGAUGCUUCCAGGGCUCUAAGGACAUGUGUAUAUAUAUGUAUAUAAAAACCCUACCCCCUUUACUACUCAGAUGUGGCUAAACAACUCUGGGGCUGGCCACUCAGCCUCUGAGGGCAAUACAGUGGCUUAAAAAUGAAGGUACCGAAGGAAGUGGUGUUUGGGGAAACAAAUGGAAUUUUCUGGGUCAAUAAUCCUCCAAACUGUAUAUGAUGCAUCCCCUCUCUCAUAUAUGUAAUAUAUUUUAAUGAUAAAUGUAUUUUUAACAGUG